UGCACGUAGUUUACGUAACGUACGCAGCAUCCAGAGAUACAAACAGAAGACAAUGGCUGAUGUUUCUCUGUGUCUCACCAACGUGAGCGUGUCUCUGGGCGGGAACGUGGACGCGGUGGAGAGACAGAGCCCCCAUCCGGCGGAGUUCGAGAGCGUGGAGCUGGAGAAGAUGGAGGAGGCCCCGCAGAAGGAGAAGCCCCCCCGCCGGAUCAUCCACUUCUCCAGCGGUGAGACCAUGGAGGAGUACAGCACGGACGAGGAGGAGGGAGAGGAGCCAGAGAGGAGAGACCUGCUGGCCCCUCCACGCGAUGCGGUGAGGUCCCAAAUGACCUGGGGACCUUAUUUCUGGUUCCACGUGUGGAGAGCAGCCACGUCCACCAUCUCUGCUUGUGACUAUCUAGGGGAGAGGAUGGCCUCACUAUUUGGGAUAACGUCAGCCAAGUAUCAGUACGCCAUUGAUGAAUACUACAGGAUCAAGAAAGAGAAAGAGGAGGACAAAGAGGAAAACCGUCUUUCAGAAGAAGCGGAGCGAUCUUUUGACGCGCUACAAUCUCAGGAACCAGAAGACAAGCUGAUCAGCGCUGGAGAUGGACGGGAGGUGGGGACCGCCCUCCGCGAUGUGACCUGUCAGGUCGAGAACGAGAGCCAGGCAUCUCCAAACACCAUCAUCGUCCCUGUUACUGUGACAGCAACCUAACGCUCUUUAGAAAAGGACAUUUCUAAUGUAUGUCUGUUUGUUAAAGAAGGAAAACGUUCUCGUUUCCCAAAGCUGUUUGGUUUCACGCAGCCUUCCACGGGCAGCAGGGGAGGGUGCUGGGGGUGCAACGGUGUAAGUACCGGAUAAUGUGGCAACAUAUUCAGAUCAGCAUAAUGGGAAUUAACUGGUGUUUUUUUAGAAACCAGUGUCAGUUGGCCUUCUCCAGUCUUCGGAACAAUGAGUAUUCCUUUUAUCAUCCUGGAGCUGCUCAGUUAGAUCAUGAUUAUUUGGGUCAAGAUUGAAAUGAUGUGAUUUUCCUGAGUUGGGAAACAACUUCCUCAAACAGCGUGGUGCAGCUUGUUCGAAUCACAGCAGAAAGGCUAAUAUUACAGAAAUAUAUUAUUUGAUCACCAAUGGGCUUGGUCUGGGAUUAUGUAAAGGCUAAAAUCUGUGAAGUUCACAUUUUAGACGGAUUACGUCAGCAGGUGGCUGACUCCAGCUUUUUGUGGUGAUCAAGACACGGCUAGAUGAAAGGAAGUCUAGCUGCCCAAAUCUGGUGACACUUUGUAAAAGCAGAGAGAUCACUGGACACCACUCAGCAGGAGAUCAUGGCUGUCGAACAUUGCAGGUCUUAGUUUAGCCUCUGGAACAGACGAGAGUCAACGUAUUUUAAGGUUAAAAAAGCAGAUGAUGAAAUAAGUACGGGACUGUCAAAGCAACAACAAGAAAGACCUGUUGCCUUCAAAGAUCAGUUUAAUGGAUUUCUAUUAAAAAUAAAUCAUGAUUCCUGAAAGGGGUGAACAUUAACUGAUACGUUUUAAGAAAGUAAAGGCAAUAAAAGGCAUCUGUUGUCAUGGCAGCCUCUAAAAGUUGUUGCUCCCCAGCACCUCCGCAGGACCAGCCUCAGUGCCUACAUGUCCCAGUCAGUGCCAGAGGUGGGCGGAGCGUCGCAGCGCCCCACUGAGGCACUCCUGAAACGUUUGGCUGCACCAAAGCGCUGGCUGUUUUAACACCCAUGUAGAUCUGAUUGUGUUGUAAAAUGUCUGCUGCUGACUCGUUUUCAUCAUUAGAAAAGCUAACUGAAGUAAAAGUAAGGGGUGUCGGUGUUCGGCGUUGCUCGUUUUUAUCGGCCUUAUCUAAUAAUAAAUAAAAAACUGGUCGUAAUGAAAGUCUUUGAUAAUGAGAGGAAGAAAUGUAACCGUUAGUUAGUAAAAGAACCGGUAAAUUGACAUUUUUAACAGUUUUAAGCACGUUUUUGGUUUUUAUGUGUUUGUUUUAAUAAAGGGGCUGCGCAGUGGUUAGAGCUGUUGCCUUGCAGCGAGAAGGUCCUGGGUUCGAUUCCCGGCCUGGGAUCUUUCUGCAUGGAGUUUGCAUGUUCUCCCUGUGCAUGCGUGGGUUCUCUCCGGGUUCUCCGGCUUCCUCCCACAGUCCAAAAACAUGACUGUUAGGCUGAUUGGUCUGUCUGAAUUGUCCUUAGGUGUGUGAGUGUGUGUGUGAUUGUUUGUCGUGUGUGUCUCUGUGUUGCCCUGCGAUGGACUGGCUCUCUGUCCAGGGUGUACCCCGCCUGUUGCCCGGUGACUGCUGGAGAUAGGCACCAGCCCCCCCGCGACCCUACAUGGACGAAGCGGGUUCAGACGAUGGAUGGAUGUUUUAAUAAAGCUAACGAUCUGUUCA